AUGGACGAAGGAAUUCCUCGUUUGCAAGAGAGACAGUUACUGGAACAUAGGGAUUUUAUAGGCCUGGACUAUUCCUCUUUGUAUAUGUGUAAACCCAAAAGGAGCAUGAAGCGAGACGAUAGCAAGGAUACCUAUAAAUUACCGCAUAGAUUGAUAGAAAAGAAGAGAAGAGACCGGAUUAAUGAAUGCAUUGCUCAGCUGAAAGAUUUACUGCCUGAACAUCUGAAGUUGACAACUCUGGGGCAUCUGGAGAAAGCGGUAGUCUUGGAAUUAACUUUGAAACACUUAAAAGCUUUAACAGCCUUAACGGAGCAGCAGCAUCAGAAGAUAAUUGCUUUACAGAAUGGGGAGCGAUCUCUGAAAUCGCCCAUUCAGUCCGACUUGGACGCGUUCCACUCGGGAUUUCAAACAUGCGCCAAAGAAGUCUUGCAAUACCUCUCCCGCUUUGAGAGCUGGACGCCCAGGGAGCCGCGGUGCGUGCAGCUCAUCAACCACUUGCACGCCGUGGCCACCCAGUUCCUGCCCGCCCCGCCGCUGCUGGCGCAACAGGUCCCCCUGGGCAAGGGCCCCGGCGCGCCCUCGGCCGCCCCCGCCGCUGCCGGGGCCAAGGCCGCCGCCCCCGGCCCGGAGCGCGCGGGCCAGAAGCUGGAGCCCCCGGCCCACUGCGUGCCCGUCAUCCAGCGGACUCAGCCCGGCGCCGCCGAGCUCGCGGCCGAGAACGACACGGACACCGACAGCGGCUACGGCGGCGAGGCCGAGGCCCGGCCCGACCGCGAGCGGGGCCAGGGCGCGGGGGCGAGCCGCGUCGCCAUCAAGCAGGAGCCCCCCGGCGAGGACUCGCCCGCGCCCAAGAGGAUGAAGCUGGACGCCGCCGGGGGCGGGGCGGCGGCCGCGGCCACCGCGCUCCUGGGGCCCGACCCCGCCGCCGCCGCCGCCGCCGCGGCCGCCGCGCUGCUGAGACCCGACGCCGCGCUGCUCAGCUCGCUGGUGGCCUUCGGCGGAGGCGGGGGCGCGCCCUUCGCGCAGCCCGCGGCCGCGGCCGCCGCCCCCUUCUGCCUGCCCUUCUACUUCCUCUCGCCCUCGGCCGCCGCCGCCGCCUACAUGCAGCCCUUCCUGGACAAGAGCGGCCUGGACAAGUACCUGUACCCCGCCGCCCCGUUCCCGCUGCUGUACCCCGGCAUCCACACCCCGGCCGCCGCCGCCGCCGCCGCAGCCGCCGCCGCCGCCGCCGCCUUCCCCUGCCUGUCCUCCGUGCUGUCGCCCCCUCCCGAGAAGGCUGGCGCCGCCGCCGCCACCCUGCUGCCGCCGCACGAGGUGGCACCCCCGGGGGCGCUGCACCCCCCGCACCCGCACGGCCGCACCCACCUGCCCUUCGCCGGCCCCCGCGAGCACGGGAAGCCGGAGAGCUCUGCUCAGGAAGAUGCCUCGCAGCCAGGAAAGAAAGCCCCCUGA